AUGGCAGGGUAUCACAGACUUGCCAUGGCUAAUUACUGUAAGUAUAAAGGAAAAUGUAUGAUCAAACCGGAACACUGGGGACACAACAAACAUACCACUUUAUUCAUGUGGGAUAAUGUGGCUUCUGGAUGUGCAGACAGUGUACAAUUGAACCCUAAACAGGAAGGACGUGUCAACAUCUCAAUACGAAAGACAUCUGUAGAUGAAUUAGUGACAGUUAUCAUUUACGGUGAAUUUGAAAACAUGUUGCAGAUAAAACCCACAGGAAGCACUCAGUACGACAUUUACAGUCAAACGAUUGCAGGCAGAAUCUAAGAAGAGGUCAUGGAAUUCGUUCCAUUAACUACAAAACAGUUAUCUUAUCUCGCAAAACAAGAUCCAUGUCUGGCACCUAUUUUCGAAGGAGUGUUUGCAGCCGAUCAAUUACCAGGAUUACCAGAACAAAGGAGAAAAAAAGCUUACAUCGUCAACACCGACGAAAUCAGUAAAGCUGGAUCUCAUUGGUUAGCUAUUUUCGCAAAAAACACACUUGCGAAGUCUUUGACAGUUACGGAUUACCAUUAA